GGGGUGGACCUUCCCCCCCAGGACUGCAAGAUUGUAGGGGCCGGCUGCUGGGAUUUCCUGUGCACCGUAUGCCAGUCGGUCGCCUUCAGCCUCCUGCUUCGCUGUUCCGCUUUUCUGGCAUCCCACCGACGGCAUGCUGGCUCGAGCGAUUUCCCGGCGAGGUAUCAGCUCGUCGCCGGCAACAAGCGUUAUUUGCGUUGUUCAUCCCGCCCUAGUGCAGGAUGUCUGGGAUGCGCAUUGAUGACACAGACGGGGUGGCGUACACCUACGAGGAAUAUGUCGCCUAUUAUACGGGCGCGUACAAGAAGAAGGCAAUCGACGCGGCAUGGGACAAGCUGCAGCCUGUGCAGCCCAAGGCCAAGCCAGCCAACCCUUACGUGAUCACCGUUUACCACGCGACAGAUGCAGCUGGGAAGGAGGGCAUUCUCAGGUCCAACGGCUUCUUGCCAGGCGACGACGGGUUGAACGGCCCAGGAAUUUAUUUCUCGGAGAACGUCAAUCAGGCCAUAUCGCAUUGUCGCCACGACCCAGAGUUCGUGUUCGAGGUAUUCCUCAACACCCAGUCGCCGAUGGUCGUGCCCAGCACUCAGUACGGAAAAGAGUACAAGUACACAGAUUGGUGCAUCUCGCGCGCCAAGAUUGCGAACAGAGCAGUGUCAGUCAAGGAGCUGUACGAGGUCGUGGCGCCCAGGAAGCUGAAGCACAUCAAGAGUUUUUCCGCAUGGCGGGCGUCCAGUGCCAUGUGGUGAGCGCAUCGCCGCGAGACGGGCAACGAAUUCGCGGCUGCAGUUCGUCGACGAGGUCGGUUUCUCGAAACCGGCCAAGACGACGGGUUCAAUGAGCCGUGGGAUCGCCGUGGAUGUUUGGAUGAGCAACAAAACAACUCGGCGCGACCCUAAUUAUAAGAACGUUUCCUAAGCGGAAUUGCU